AGUCCUUGAUUUUUGUCUUUCUAUGUAUAGUGGCUUAUUUAAAGCCACAUACCUGCAAGUUUGUAGAAAGCACAAUACAAUCAUCAAUUAAUUAAUAGCCUCUUCACAAUGCUUCCAAAGUUGUUCUUCAUCAUUAUUUCUACACUAAUUUCCUCCUUCACCUUCACCAAUUCUUAUACCCAAUGUCUUCACCAUCAGAAAACCUUGUUGCUUCAACUCAAGGAUGAAUUGGACUUCUAUUCCUCUCUUUCAACAAAAUUGGUGCGAUGGAAUGAAAGUGAUGAGUGCUGCAAGUGGCACGGUGUGGAAUGUGAUGUUGCUGGCUACGUCGUCAGUUUGCAGCUCGAUAAUGAGUCCAUUUCUGGUGGAAUCGCGGAUUCAUCGAGUCUCUUCAAACUUAUGCAUCUGCAGAAGCUAAAUCUAGCCUACAAUUCUUUCAACAACACUCCCAUUCCGAAAGGUAUUCACAAUCUCACCUAUUUGACACACUUGAAUUUAUCCAGUGCUGAAUUUGGUGGGCAGGUUCCCGCUGAAAUUUCUUCCUUGAGGAGGUUGGUUAGUCUUGAUAUCUCCUAUGGUUUUACAAUAUCUGUGAAACUGGAGAUGCUUGUCUCAAAUCUAACAGGGCUUCGAGAGCUCUAUCUUGAUUAUGCCAAUGUUAAUUCCGCUCAUGAGAGGAGAAAAUGGAGCCCCAUUAUAGCAUCAUAUUUACCCAACCUCACCGCGUUGAGCUUGAGUGGUUGUUGGUUAUCUGGGCCUUUAGCUAAGUCCUUUUGGCAACUCCAUUCCCUUUCCAUCCUUCGACUAGAUUUUAAUGAAGAUCUUGAAAUAGAACUUCCAGACUUGUUCGCCAAUUUUCCAAGUUUGACCACCUUGAGUCUUUCUGAUUGCAGUUUGAAGGGUUCGAUUCCACCCACCUUUGCUAACCUAACCAACCUGAUUCGUGUCGAUUUGUCAGGCAAUUCAUUCUCUGGUAAUAUUCCGCACUCUCUCUUUGCUAACCUAACCAAGCUGAUUCGUCUCGAUUUGUCAAGUAACUUCUUCACAGGCUCACUUUCUUCUAUGCUGUUUGAAGGUCUUUCCAAUCUUAGUUAUUUAGAUUUGAAGAGUAAUUCAUUCUCUGGAAACAUUCCUCACUCUAUCUUUGCUCUCCCUUCAUUGUUGCAACUUUAUCUCAGAAAUAAUCAGUUUAAUGGCACUUUGCAACUAGACAAAUGUCAAAACCUUGCCAAUCUAAUCUUUCUUGAUCUAUCUGAAAAUAGAUUAUCAGUAGAUGUUGGCAACCUCAAUUCAACUUCAUAUGGAAGUCUCCAACUAAAAGAGUUAAGACUAGCUUCUUGCAACUUGUCACAUUUUCCUAAUUUCAUCAAACAUUCUGAUGAUUUGAGAACACUAGACCUCUCAUACAAUCGGAUUGGUGGGGAGAUACCUAGUUGGAUUUGGGGAACACAACUUCAGUAUUUGAACCUCUCUUUCAAUCUUCUAACACAUCUGCAAAAGCCUUACCAUAUCCCUGCUUCUCUUGAAGAGCUAUAUUUGUACUCUAACCAGCUCAAGGGUGAGUUGCACCUGCCCAUUCCACCUGCGUCUCAACUCAUGUACUUGUAUCUUGCUAAUAACAGUUUAAGUGGAUCGAUUCCAACCUCCCUUUGCAGUGCCACACAACUCUAUUUUCUUGACUUGUCUGCCAAUGAAUUAAGUGGCGGCAUACCCCCUUGCUUACUUGAGCGAAACAUUUCAGACUUAGAUCUAAGCCGAAACAACAUCAGCGGUAGCAUUCCAGAUAAUUUUCCCAUGGAUUGUCAACUUGGAUAUUUGGAUCUCAACAAUAAUACUUUAGAAGGGAAAAUCCCAAGGUCCCUUGAAAGAUGCGAGUGGUUGCGGUUCAUGAAUGUUGGGAACAACAACAUCAAUGACAGUUUCCCGUGCAUGCUAUCAUCGACGUUGAGCUUUCUUGUUUUGCACUCUAACAGAUUCUAUGGAGAAGUAAGAUGUCACAACAGGAGCUGGGAUGAUCUCCAAAUUCUAGAUAUAUCUUCCAAUCAGUUCAGUGGAAAUCUGGAAUCGAUAAACUUUACUAGUUGGAAGACAAUGAUGCUACAGGGUUUCACACGAUUGUGGACUGAAUUAAGCAUCACAUUAAUCAUGAAAGGGACAAAUUCAGAGUAUCACACGAUUUGGUCAGAGUUUGGUAUCAUUGAUUUCUCUUGCAAUAAUUUCGGCGGAGAGAUACCAAAUGCAAUUGGUGAUCUUACCUCACUUCAUCAGCUCAACCUCUCCCACAAUGCCCUCAAUGGAAGCAUCCCAAACUCAUUUGGUCAGUUGAGGAAACUCGAAUCACUCGACCUCUCUGUAAAUCGACUCAUCGGGCCAAUACCAGUGGAGCUUGCAGUGCUCACAUUUCUUCAAGUCCUGAAUCUUUCCUACAAUAAGCUGGUUGGAGAGAUCCCAAAUGGGCGUCAGUUACAAACAUUUUCAGCUGAUUCCUUCAAAGGAAAUGCGGGGUUGUGUGGUUUCAAUCUCAACAUAAGCUGCAGUGAUAGUGAUGACAGUGAUCAUUUGUCCCCACAAGAAGAUGAAAACGGGGAAGAGAAGAGUGAGAUCGAGUGGGAGUAUGUAUCUUCUGCGCUUGGUUAUGUUGUGGGAUUAGGAAGCAUUGCAUGGACGCUUUUAUGCCGCAGAAGCUUCAGAGAAAGAUAUUUCCAGAAAAUAGAAGAGAUUGUUGACAAGAUUUUCUACGAGAGAGCGAGGAAAAGAAGACAUGAAAGAAGAAGAAAAAGACUAGAGAUGAGAAAAGAGAUUAGGAGACAGCAGAGAAGUUGAUGAUAUAAACAAGGGUGUUUAGUGUUUGAUGUAAGUUUGAAGUUUUUUUUUUUUUUUUUUUUUUUGGCAUGUAACUUUCUUUAAUUUAAGCUGUAAAAGAGAUUCUGUGUGUUGGUAAUUAACUAUGUCAUUUUAUUUUACGAGAA